AUGGGCUCACACUACCGUUUUAUUCCGAGGUAUAAUUGGCCAAAAUGGCCAAUUAUACCCCUUUUUAUAGCAAUUAUUGCUAUGGAAAUUAAUUCCUUGCAACAAUUUUGCCUGUCUAGACUUACAUUCAUCACCCCUCACCUACCAAAUUCUUUAAAUAACAGAUUCCGUCAACCAUUAGGAGCUGGAGAUCAUAUUAUCAACUCAAACGAUUACACGGAAAAUGCAUGGAAUGUACUGUCCAAACUUGGCGAUAUAAGUUCAAAGUAUCAAAGCGCAUAUGUAGAAGCUGAUACUUUGCUUUUGGGAUUAUUAGAUGAUGAAAAGGACAGUAUUUGCAUGCGUGCCUUGGAAUCCAUUCCUGUAGAUACGGAAAAGCUUAAGGAGGAUCUUGAGACACAUCUGAAAAGACAACCCAAAAUGUCUGGAGGUUUCGAACAAAAGGUUCUAGGCAGAAUCUUGCAAAAUGUUUUGGGCACUAGUAAGAGGAUUAAAGCUGAAUUUGGAGACGAUUACAUAAGUGUUGAGCACUUGCUAUUGGCAAUAGCUGCCGAGGAUACAAAGUUUAUGCGUCCUUGGUUAUCGCGCAAUAAAAUAUCUGUUGACAGGCUGAAAAAGGCCAUUCAACAGAUUAGAGGGAAGAGAAAAAUUACUACAAAAAAUCCCGAACUUUCCAUGAGGGCACUGGAAAAAUUCAGUAGAGAUCUUACUGCUAUGGCAAGAGCAGGAAAGUUAGACCCUGUGAUUGGUCGCGAUAAAGAGAUCAGACGGACCAUAGAAAUUUUGUCACGAAGGACUAAGAACAAUCCAGUGUUACUGGGUGACCCUGGUGUUGGUAAGACGGCAAUUGUUGAGGGGCUGGCCACUAGAAUUAUCAGCGGCGAUGUACCAGAUUCGCUUCGAGAUAGACGGAUAAUUUCAUUAGACCUAGCUUCACUCGUGGCAGGCACUCAAUAUAGAGGAGAGUUUGAAGAGAGAUUGAAGGCGAUUUUGAAGGAAGUUGAGUACUCUCAGGGGGAAAUAGUGUUAUUUAUUGAUGAAAUACACACAGUUGUAGGGGCAGGAGAUGCACAAGGGGCCAUUGAUGCGGGGAAUAUGCUUAAGCCUAUGCUUGCACGCGGAGAAUUAAGAUGCAUAGGUGCAACAACCGUCCAAGAAUAUCGUCAAAGAAUUGAAAAGGACAAGGCACUUGAGCGUCGAUUCCAACCAGUUAUGGUCGAUCAACCCAGCGUUGAAGAGACAAUAUCCAUUUUGAGAGGGCUGAGAGAGCGCUAUGAAGUACAUCAUGGCGUUCGGAUAUUGGACUCUACGAUAAUUCAGGCAGCACAACUAUCGGAUAGAUAUAUAAGCGACCGAUUUCUUCCAGACAAGGCGAUAGAUCUUAUAGAUGAGGCUGCUGCUAGGCUUAAAAUACAGUUAUCCUCAAAGCCGAUCCAACUAGAUCACAUCGAACGUCGUUUGCUGCAGCUUGAAAUGGAGAAGAUAUCUAUUGAAACAGAUCAAAACCAGCGUGGUAAAUCAUCGCAAUUCCUCUUCUCCGGAUCGGCAGAAGUGGAUCCGUCUAGACUAUCGGCCAUCUCUGUCACUAUGGAAAAGCUGACAAAGGAAAGGGACGAACUAACAGAGGCCUGGAUGGCAGAAAAGACAUUGGUAGAUGCGAUUCGCAAUGUAAAGGAACGCAUGGAUGUUGUGAAGAUUGAGAUUGAAAAGGCAGAAAGGGAUUUUGAUCUUAAUCGCGCAGCGGAGCUGCGAUUUGAGACCUUGCCAGAUCUAGAAAAACAACUUAACGAGGCUUCCAACAAAUACCAGGAACAUGUGGAGCAGAUUGAGGCCAAGGGUGGCCAAAGGUUACUUCGCGACGAGGUAACUAGGGAGGAUGUGGCAAGUGUCGUGUCUAGAUGGACUGGAAUCCCGGUUUCUAGACUUGUUAAAUCGCAGAGGGACAAGAUACUACAUUUAUCAGAUGAAUUGCAUAAACGUAUUGUGGGACAAAAUAAUGCGGUAGACAUUAUCACCCAAUCUGUACAGCGUUCUAGGGUGGGUAUGAACGACCCUAACAAGCCAAUUGGGGCCUUUAUGUUCCUAGGACCCACUGGAGUGGGUAAAACUGAGCUUUGCAAGGCAUUGGCGGAGCAAUUAUUUGAUACGGAAGAUUCAAUAGUGCGUUUUGACAUGUCAGAAUACAUGGAAAAACACUCGGUUUCUAGGCUAGUUGGCGCCCCUCCUGGCUAUGUCGGUUUUGAGCAAGGCGGACUGCUCACAGAGGCCAUAAGACGCAAGCCUUAUAGCAUAGUUCUGUUUGACGAAAUUGAGAAAGCACAUCCGGAUGUGUUUAAUUUGAUGUUACAAGUGUUAGACGAUGGGAGACUCACGGAUUCUACCGGGUGUAAGGUCAACUUUUCAAAUUGUUUGAUUGUGUUUACAAGCAACUUGGGCAGCCAAGCCAUAUUGGACAUGGCACAUCUGCCAGAUAAGAAGGUGGAGAUGAACAAUAAUGUAAUGGGAGCGGUGAGGAAGUCAUUCAGCCCCGAAUUUUUAAAUAGGAUGGAUGAGUUUGUCGUGUUUGAUGCAUUGACUAAGAGCGAACUCAAACAAAUUGUAAGCAUAGAGCUCUCAAAACUGGCAGAUAGACUAUUAGAUCGCAACAUACGCAUAAGUGUCGACGAUUCGACCAUGCAGUACAUAGCCGAUAUAGGGUAUGAUCCAGUGUACGGAGCCAGGCCGCUUAAACGUACAAUACAAAGACAGCUAGAGUCUCCCCUGGCCAAAGGGAUUCUCGAGCAAAAGUUUCAGCCAGGAGACUCUUUACUUGUCUCCCAUGACAUCAACAGGGGCAUAGUCAUUAACAAGCGAUAA